AUGCAAAGUAUCAACGUGAGGCUGGAGCAGGUCUUGAUCUCUAGCAGACGCAACGAGGACAUAAAAUUCCGGCUUGAACAGAAGGUGAAUAUUGGCAUUGAUGCCACCGACAACCAGGGUGAUAUCACCAAGUUUGUGCUGGAAAAAAUCGAACAAGUACAGGGAAGUCGACGUAUACCAAUUGGCGAGAAGUUGAAGGAUAAAAUAGUUUCGACUCUUCUUGAAAAAAGCCAGGGGAUGUUCCAAUGGGCAGCUUUGCAUAUUGAUCAAAUUCUACGUCUUAAGCUACAGAAAGACAUACAAGAUCGGCGGGGCCGAUUGCCCAAAGAUUUAAAGACAGCAUACGAUGAAUUAAUUCAUCAGAUUAAAAAUUCGGAAGGAAGCAAGCCAGAAAUAGCGCAUCGAACGUUUCUGUGGAUGCUGCAUUCCUUCAAACCACUGUCUACAGAGGCACUCAUUGAAUUUGUUCGUCGAAAUCCUGAGAACGGAUGUAUCGAGCAUGAAGACCUAGAUAUUAACAUUGUCCUCGAUGCAUGCGACAAUCUUUUGGUCGUUGAAUGGGAAUUAGUCCACUUUGGAAUCCCUGAGUUUUGUCGUUUUAUGCAUUUAACCUCUGCUCACACAAAGCUAGCAACUGUCACCCUCACUUGCCUGACUGAUAUUGACAAAGUUGAAGUGAAAGACAUUUUCGAGGAGGAGCUGUCAACACAGUACGCGGCAUAUUACUGGCCUCGGCAUGUGAAGAAAUCAUUUAAUUUUGCGAACAAUGAGUACUUGAAAUCUAUGAUCACUAAGGCCUUCAGCAAGGAGUGCUUUGGGGCGCUUUUGAAAUGGCUUCGCAUAUAUUGUAGCAAAGAUACACCGCAGUCGAAGAAAACCGGUAUUUCUCAAAGGUUGCAUUACACGUCGAGGCUGGAAUUCGACUUUGUCGUGGACAGGUUGUUGGAGGAAGGCCCGCUUUCUGUCCAAGAUGUCAAGGAUGCUAUCUUCACUGCUGCAAUUCAUUGCAAUCUCAUGGUACUGCAAAAGCUAAUCAGUGCUUCGCCGCCGCUAAUUGUUCAUGAAGUGUGCGAUAUUUUGGAAGAGACUAAAGGGCCUCUGUCGGAAUUGAUGCCUAUCUUGAGAAUUCUCGGGGUUCUAAGUCCUCAGCUCGAAACUGAGACUGGGAGUAUAAGAGAUGAGGAUAGUGAGCUUUUGUUCCUCGUGUCUGCGGCGGCAAACUGGGAAAUUGGGCAGAAAUUGACUAAGAUUCUGCUUGUUAGCUAUGGGCCUGGUCAAUAUGAGCCUUUGAAGACUGCAGUGGAAAGCUCGUACACUGGGUGUCAAAUGAUUGAGUACUUUGAUUCCGCCAUGGAGAAUGUUUGA